AUGAAUAAUUUAUUAUCAUCAAUUAGCAAAAAAACUGUAAAUAUUUUUAAAUCUAAUAAAUCAAUAUUAAAAGAUUUUAAAUAUUCAAAUUUUGUUAGUUCAUCAAAUAACCAACCAAUUUCAACUGUUUCGAGAAAAACCAUUCCAAUUAACAAAAACAACAAUCUAAAAAAUGAUUUAAUAAAUUCAACAUUACAAUCUAAAACAACCAUUGGUGAAAAAAUUAUUGAAAUUAAAAGAAAUAUUUCAACAUCAAAUAAAUUAUUUUAUAGUACUUUAAAAGAUUCAACAUCUUCAAAUAUAGCUGGUACAGUUUCUGGUAGUAAUAAUGAUAUUGCCUUAGAACUAAGUAAAGAUAUCAAGGGUAUUCCAUUUAAUGAGUUGGUUAUUGGUGUACCAACUGAAAUUUAUCAAAGUGAAAAAAGAGUUUCGAUGACUCCAGAGAAUGUUGCAUUACUCGUCAAAAAAGGAUAUAAAGUAUUGGUUGAAGAGGGCGCUGGUAAGGGUUCUAAAUUCCAAGACCAACAAUAUAUUGCAGCUGGCGCAAAGAUCACUACCGCUACUGAACUUUACAAGAAAUCCGAUAUUCUAUUAAAAGUUAGAGGUCUUCAACAAAACAUCAAUUUGGGUAAACACGAGGUCGAUAUGAUGAAAGAAGGUGCCACCGUUAUUAGUUUCCUAGCUCCAGCACAAAAUCAAGAAACUAUAAAGUUACUUUCCCAAAAGAAAGCUACAGCUAUUGCUGUAGAUUGUAUUCCACGUAUCAGUAGAGCCCAAGUCUUUGAUGCUCUUUCUUCAAUGGCAAACAUUGCUGGUUACAAAGCUGUAAUCGAAGCCUCAAAUUAUUUUGGUCGUUUUUUCACUGGUCAAAUAACUGCUGCUGGUAGAAUUCCACCUGCUAAAGUUUUAGUUAUUGGUGCAGGUGUUGCUGGUCUUUCCGCUGUUGGUACUGCUAAAAAUAUGGGUGCUAUUGUUAGAGCUUUCGAUACUAGAGCCGCUGCUAAAGAUCAAGUUAAAAGUAUGGGUGGUGAAUUCUUAGAGGUUCACGUUAAAGAAUCUGGUGAGGGUUCUGGAGGUUAUGCCAAAACAAUGUCAAAAGAAUUUAUUGACGCUGAAAUGGCAUUAUUCGAAAAACAAUGCAGAGAAGUAGAUAUUGUUAUUACAACUGCACUUAUUCCAGGUCAACCAGCACCAAAAUUAAUCACCAAACAAAUGGUUGAAGUUAUGAAACCAGGUUCAGUUGUUGUUGAUUUAGCUGCAGAGACUGGUGGUAAUUGCGAAUUAACACGUCCAGGUGAAGUUUAUAAUCAUAAUGGUGUUAAUAUAAUUGGUUUUACAGAUUUACCAUCAAGAAUGGCUACCCAAUCAAGUACACUUUAUUCAAAUAACAUUACCAAAUUCCUUUUAGCCUUAGGUGAUGAUAAAGAAUUUAAAUUAGAUUUCAAUGAUGAAGUUCAUAGAGGCUCAACUGUAUUAUAUAAAGGAACUUUAAUAUGGCCAGCUCCAAAAAAAGCAGUUGUUCCACCACCAACACCAGCUGUACCAAGCCCUUCAGCAACUCCAUCUACUAAAGAAGGUGCAACUGCACUAUUAAAAAAAGAGGAUAGUCUUUUUGCAUCAACUUUAAAAACUGCAGGUAUUGCUACUGCAGCAAUGAUGACCGCUGCCGCAAUGUCUCUGGGUAUGCCUGCUGAUAUUAUGGUUAAUUUAACCACAUUCUCUUUAGCCACUAUUAUCGGUUACAAGGUAGUUUGGGGUGUAACACCAGCUCUUCAUUCACCAUUAAUGUCAAUUACUAAUGCAAUCUCUGGUAUUGUUGCCGUUGCAGGUCUUCACUUGAUGGGUGGCGAUACUUUGCCAUCAACAGGUGGUCAAUUUUUAGCAGCAGCUGCAGUAUUUAUGGCAAGUAUUAAUAUUGCUGGUGGUUUUACAAUCACUAAAAGAAUGUUGGAUAUGUUUAAAUUACCAACUGAUAAACCAACAUACGAAUAUUUAUAUGGUCUCCCAUCUUUGGGUUUCUUGGCUGCCUAUCUCGUUUCCUAUAGUGCCUCUGCCCCAGCACUUCAACAAUUAGCCUAUAUAGCAUCAUCAGUUCUUUGUAUUCUCUCGAUUGGAGGUCUUUCAAAUCCAAAAUCCUCGAGAUUGGGUAAUAUUCUUGGUAUUAGUGGUAUUGGUAUUGGUUUAACAGCAACCAUUGCAAGCUUGGGUGCUUCAACUGCACUUUUAACUCAAAUUGCUGGUGUAGGUUUAUUGGGUGGUGGUAUUGGUUUUUUAAUUUCAAAGAAAAUUAAUUUCACUGAACUCCCACAAUUAACAGCACUUUUCCACAGUUUUGUAGGUUUAGCCGCAGUUUUAGCAUCAGCCUCUUCUUUAUUAGCAGAUUACAAUACAUUUGGUCUUUUAGAUACCGUUCAUAAGAGUUCGGUUUAUUUAGGUGCACUUAUUGGUGGUAUUACAUUCACAGGUUCAUUAGUAGCAUAUGCCAAAUUACAAGGUAGCAUUGGUAAAUACAAAGUACCAUCAAAACCAUUACUUUUACCAAAUCGUAACUUAAUCAAUGGUGGUUUAGCUCUAGCAAAUGCAGCAACUUUUGCAACCUUUUUAACCACAUCAAGUCCAGCUUUAGGUUUAGCAUGCAUUGCAGGUACAACUAUUCUCUCAUUCAUUCAAGGUCAUCUUUUAACUGCUGCUAUUGGUGGUGCUGAUAUGCCUGUAGUCGUUACAGUUUUAAACAGUUAUUCAGGUUGGGCUUUAGUUGCCGAAGGUUUUAUGUUAAAUUCACCACUCUUAACUAUUGUUGGUGCCAUCGUUGGCAGUAGUGGUGGUAUUUUAUCAUACAUUAUGUGCAAAGCUAUGAAUAGAAGCUUACCAUCUGUCGUUUUUGGUGGUGUUGGAACAAGUUCAAUGGGUAAAGGUGAAGCAUUAAAAAUCACUGGUACCCAUACCGAAAUAAACUCUGAACAAGCCACCGAAAUGGUAUUAAACGCUAAAAAUAUUCUCAUUGUUCCAGGUUAUGGUAUGGUCGUUAGCAAAUCUCAAUAUCCAGUCGCCGAACUCACUGAUACUCUCAUUAAAAAUGGUUAUAAUGUUCGUUUUGCUAUUCAUCCAGUAGCUGGUCGUCUUCCAGGCCAUUUAAAUAUUUGUCUCAGUGAAGCUAAAGUACCAUACGAUAUCGUAUUCGAAAUGGACGAAAUAAACCCAGAAAUUAAAGAUGUCGAUCUUGUUAUUGUCAUUGGUGCAAACGAUACUGUCAAUAGUGCUGCAGUCGAAGAUCCAAAUUCAAUUAUUGCUGGUAUGCCAGUUAUUGAAGUUUGGAAAGCAAAACAUUGUAUAGUUCUCAAACGUUCAUUACAACCAGGUUAUGCUGAUAUUGCCAAUCCAAUUUUCUAUAAACCAACAACUUCAAUGUUAUUUGGUGAUGCAAAAGUAACUUGUGACGAUUUAAAGAAUAAAAUUAACAAACAUUUUAAUGAAAAACAUUAA